CCCGAUCACCUGUCAGCCACGCCCCCUCGGUUUGAGUGACAGCUGAAGGCGCGCGGGGCAGGCCGGGAACAAAACAAACGCCAGCGCGGAGCGGCGGCGGCGGUGGCGCCGGGAUUGGGAGCUGCCGUCACCUCAACUCAACUCCCCUUUCCCUUCCCCUCACACACGGUACUCCAACGUUUUUAACAGUGAGGAACAAUAAUGGGUCUCAAAACUUUCACACACAACUCUCCAGUCCACAGUCAGGAGCUUCUGGGAAAGUUAAAUAAAUUACGUAACGAAGGACAUUUCUGUGAUGUGACAAUUCGGGUCCAAGACAAGGUCUUCAGGGCCCACAAAGUGGUCCUUGCUGCUUGCAGUGAAUUCUUCAGGGCAAAACUUGUAAACCAAUCGGAUGCAGAUGAGUGCAUUUUGGAUUUGAAUCAUGUAACUGUCAGUGGAUUUUCUCCAUUGCUGGAGUACGCAUAUACAGCUACACUUGCCAUAAACACAGAGAACAUUAUUGAUGUCUUGGCUGCUGCUAGCUAUAUGCAGAUGUUCCAUGUAGCCAACACCUGUUCAGAGUUCAUGAAAUCAAGUAUCCUGUGGAAUACAAGCAGUAAUCCGCCAGGACCUGUUCCUUCACUUCCUCAGGAGAACAGUAGUGCUUGCAUCGUUCAGUCUCACGAUGACAGUCUGUCUCCAGUAUCUUCAGAAUGCAGUUCUGUUGAGAAAAGUAAGCCCAGGGAAUCUCGCCGAAAACGGAAGAACUUCAUUAUGAUGUCUCCGGAGAGUCCCACAGAAUCUGCUGCGCAGCCCAACUCUUCUCAAGUUGUGAACCCCUCGGUGGCUUUCUCAGACAAUAGGACCCAGCAAUCUGUGGACUCAUCGCUGUCAUUUCAGUGGACGCACCCUGUGGGUGCUGAGCGUCGGACUCUCAGCGAAAAAGCAAAGUCAACGGAAAGUGUGAGGGUCGUGGAACAGCCCCUAAACACUGAGGUGACGGGGCGGGUGCCCGAGUACACCGCCUGUGAAAGUACAAAAGCAACGUCACCUCCUAUACUAGAAGAUGAUGUGAGGAUCAAAGUUGAAAGGUUGAGUGAUGAUGAAGGCCAUGACCUUGUAUCACAACCUGUCAGUGCAUCACAGAGUUCACUUAGUGACCAUCAAACUGUACCAGGAAGUGAGCAGGCUCAGGAGGAUUUAUUGAUUAGUCCCCAGUCAUCUUCUGUUGGUUCAGUAGAUGAAGGAGUUACAGAAGGGCUACCAACACUUCAAGGCACUUCCAAUGCCAACAAUCACCCAGAUGAUGAUGAUAGGCUAGAGAGUGGGCAGUAUUCCUACCAGCUCUACAUAAAUCCUUCCACAAGUGGCACAGAAAGACCCAGUCCAAAUGGUCCUAAUAAGCCUUUUCAGUGUCCUACAUGUGGUGCUAGGUUCACACGCAUCCAGAACCUCAAACAGCACAUGCUUAUUCACUCAGGUAUAAAACCCUUUCAGUGCGACAGAUGUGGGAAAAAGUUCACAAGAGCAUACUCCUUAAAGAUGCAUCGUCUGAAGCAUGAAGGCAAGCGAUGUUUCCGAUGCCAGAUUUGCAGUGCAACAUUUACUUCCUUUGGGGAAUAUAAACACCAUAUGCGAGUUUCAAGACACAUUAUCAGAAAGCCAAGGAUCUACGAGUGCAAAACAUGUGGAGCCAUGUUUACUAAUUCUGGAAACCUAAUUGUGCACCUGAGGAGCCUGAACCAUGAAGCAUCUGAAUUAGCUUCCUAUUUCCAGAGCAGUGACUUCAUAGUGCCAGACUACCUGAAACAGGAGCAAGAAGAAGCCCUCGCUCAUUAUGACAUUGGAGACAGUGGUUUUGAUAACAAUUCAGCAGUGCAAAUGCCUGUUAUCUCACAGGUAUCCUCCACACAGAACUGCGACAGCGCAUUUCCCCUUGGGCACUUGGCUGGACUCAUGAACAAAGAUGAUGAAAUAAUAGAAGAGCAGAAAACAGAUGGUUCCGAUGUAAAUGGAAUCCUUGGGGUAAGGGAAGAUCUGCAUAAGAGGGGUUCUCCAGAGGAAGGACCUCAUAUCCUUUAUAGCUAAAUUAAACCUGGUAGUUAAACUUCUGUUCUUUUGGAGAAAGUGCCUGGACCUGGGUCAAAUGAUUCUUGGAGCUUUUCUUCCAGACUCUGGACAUUUAUUUAAAAUAGGUCAACAUUACUUUAUUUGUUUAUCAAAGGUUUUGGUCAAGUUUGUGGGCCUUCAGUUAAUUACAAGCACAUUAAACCACACAUUUCUUAAUUCACACAGCUGUCAAGGACUUUGCAAGAAGCUGUGGUGCAACUUUUGAACAAUAUUUGUCACAUUGGUUUUGGCAACAUAUUUUAGAAUCAAAGUUUAAAAUGCUGUGUUGAAGGAUAACAAUCUCAUUAAAUCAUGAAAAAUAUUAAAUGUUUGAAUGCUGUCUGACAGAAAUAAUCUUUUAAUAGGAAAACUUAAUAUUCUCCUACAACUAAAUUAUGAUCACAAAGUGGGAAAUUUCCAAAUGUUCACCAAAUUAUGGAAGUUUGUUUUCGGCAAAAAACUUAACUUUGUACAUUAAACACCUUUUUAUUAAUAAGAAUUCGAAGUUGGCAUUGUAAAUGGAAGUACUAGUCUGGAUAUUUUCUCACGCACUCCAAAUUAUGCCAUGUGUCCUUUGAUAUAGUCCUUAGACAUCAAACUAAUGCAAAAUAGUUUCUUGGCCAAGUGAUGAAAUGAUGCAGUGAACCUUGAGGGGUCAGUCAGAAGUUUGUUUUGGAGCUAUUAACUAUCUAAUUCUGGGCUGUUGCCACCAAAGUGUGAUCUUCUUGCAUCGACAUGAUUUAAAACUGGAAGUAUCUGGAUGUUUUUCCAGUGCAUAUUUUACUAUUAAUCUGAAGUAAAAGUGAAUGCAUAUCUUUUUCAGAUAUGUUUAGCUACUUAUUAGUCUCUUGUAACUUGUGGAUGUAUGUUGACAUUGACACCACAAUUGGUGGUACAUUAGUGAAGAUUAUAUUCAGGGAGCUUGUUUGCCAUGGCUGUUGUUCAAUCAGUAGUUUAUUGCAGACUUUUCUAAAACAAGUAUUUUGUGCUAACAGAUAACUCGUUUUAAGCUUAAAUGUUCAGACUUAGAUUUCUACAACUGUUAAGGUAUUUUAACUAACUACAAAAUUUGCUGUUUUGUCAAGUGUUCACCUUUUUAAAGGUAUUAAUUAAACUUGUUGAGCCUUUUGUUAACCUGUGCAAAGGGUCAUGUAAUAUUUUGACAAUCUGAAGGCAUGCUGUGAUUGAUUAAGGCAUGUGUGUUUUAAUUUUUUUUUAAAUUUUUAAUUACUUCUGUAGUCUUGAUAUUCAGAAUAUUUGGGAAGUAGCAUUCCUGAGGAAUCAAAAAACACAGUUAACAUUGUUGGUUUAGGCUCAUUCAGAUAAAUGCAUUUCAUUUUUCAUUGUCCUCUCCAGCAAGACUGAAAAAUACCUGCAUGGGUAGCAGCCAGAAUAACCUGUACUGUAACAAAACUUAUAAGUAUGCCUGGUGUAAAUGGGAAAGCCUCUACCCAUUUAUUAACAUUUGGACUCUGCAUGAGCUCAAGUCUGAUCCAUGCAUUGAAAUAAUUGUUUCAACUCCUGUUGUUGAACAUAAAUAGUUAAUCCAUUUUUUUGGAUAACAGUUACUUGGUGGAAGGAUUUUAUAUACACAGUUAAAGUAUCAAAUACAUUAAUAUUCUUUAAAUUACUUGUCACUGUUCCCCAACAUUUUGAUGAUUUCUUCCUUGAAUAUAAUAAAGUUGAACAACUUUUAUACAAUUUCAAAUAUACUCACUGCCUUGAAUUUACUAAGGUCUCGUUGUUUUAUGAAUAAACACUUGAUUUGUUCAGUGAAUAAGUGAGGGAUGGGGCUGUUGGGAAUAUCCUGAGAUGUGGAAUAGGAAGAGACAUUUCAGGUCAUUGAGUCUGUGUUGUGUGGAAAUAUGAAACAAAAUAGACCUGCCAAAAAUAGGCGGGUUUUGCACAACAGUGAAUUCACAACCAUAAUAUCUGGGUAACCAGCACUCUAACAGUACUGACUACCAGAUUCUUUCUCACAGGUCUAGCAGAAGCUUACUGCGGUUGGGCAGCAGGAUACCUUGUCCAUUAUGCUUAUUGGUUAACUUCUGUACGCUGCAUUUGUAAUUGGUAAACAUUUUUCUAGUUAUGAUAUAAUUGUUUUCAUUAUUUUUAUAAUAAUUGUUUUAUUCCAGCAGUUUGGGUGAAUGGUUAAAUGUUGACCACUAUUCAAAACUCAAAAGCAAUUGUUGGUACAUUCAGUGAUGCAGCAGUAACUAUCCUGUACAUGUGGGCAUGGCUGAAGUUAACCGUUAUAUGUGUAUCAGUAGUACUAAAUGCUAAUGUAGUUCCUUUGUCCUGUACUCAAAAUGUGCAUCUUUGAUUGUGUUUAUAUUAUUUUUGCAUUCUUUGAAAGUGCAGCACUUUGAAACUAUACAUUUUGCUGAUCUUAAAUUUGUGUUCUUAUCACUGCAUUUCAAGGACAAUAAAGCUGAGCCUUCAGUGUCCCUGUUGCGGUCUCUGCUUGUAAAUACUGUAUAGUCUGAUUGACUUGGAGAUAUUGUUAAUCUGUUGAUAGUAGAUGGAAUUUUUGAUAGUAUGAUUGCCAGUAAAUUGGAAUUGUAAUCCUUGUUUUUCACUAGCAUGGCCCCAUAACAGGUGCAUAUUGUAAAAAAAAUUGCAAAAUGAAGACCACACUGCAAAGUUUUGGCUAUGGUUUAUUUAUCCUGUUGUGGAGUUUGUCUGACAGUCUAUGUGUGUGUGUGUGUGUGUGUGUGUGUGUGUGUGGGCGUGUGAGAGAGUGUGCUUGCUUAUGUGCGAGUGUAUCUGUAUUGUAUAUAAAUAGGAAAAGUUCACAUAUUCUAUUUUCAUGCUCAUGAUGGUCAUAAAAGGCAAGUGGCAUUGUUAAAGUUUGAUAAAAAUAAUAUUGCAGU